AUGUCUGCAAUUGAUCCAACGGACUUUGUGGAGGUUGAAGGCGACCAGACGCUGUUGAGGUUUGGCGAUCCAAGACAGCAAGCGAAAUUCGAGCUUGGAGUCUGCAUGGCCAUUCACAAAUGGGAAGAGUUGACCACUGCAGUUGAAAAUUCCUGGGGAGGUCCCAACUCUGCCGAUAAGAGAGACUGGAUCUCGGGAGUCGUCAUCGAGUUGUUUGACGAAAAGGCUGUUGACAUCAUUUUGAUUGAAGACACCUUGUUGUAUGCCAUGGCCGACGAGUUCGAUACUCAGGUUGAUAACGAUUCUGCACUUUUGAUCGGUGACCUUGUUUUGAAGUUGUACAGAGACUGCGCAGCCAAGGAUUACGCUCGCGUUGAUGAGUUGUACCAGAAAUACCAACAGAAGUUGCAGCUGGGCCAGUCCAACAAGGUAGUGGUCGGUGCAGACCCAAACAACCCAGAUGUCUCUGAUGAAGACGAUGACGAGGAUGACGAGGACAAAGCGCCUGCCUUGGUUCAAAAUGACAGUAUGGACGUUGAUGAGGAGCCUGCCGGACCAGUCAUUGAUGACGAUGGCUUUGAGCUUGUCCAGAAGAGGGGACGUAGAAGAUAA